AUGGAGAGCUUCGGCAACUUUGCAAUAGCUGCCGGCGCCUCUCCCGCCACUAGGGGUGUUUUCGGAGCUCCGGUUCUUGCGGGAGCGGAACCGAAAAUGUUGACGCCGACAUCGGUGGAGCUACCGGCGGGGACAGGGGGCGGUGCUGCCGGUACUUCAUCUGGUGCCGCUCCCUCCCCCGCCGCUGCUGGAGCUGCUGCUGCUGCUAUAGCUACUGCCGGUCAUGUGAGUGGUGGGAGAAGUGGUUGCGAUGGUGUUGGUGCUGGUGGUGUUCCGCCAUUCUCGUUUGGAACAGCCGGCAGGCCGCCAUCUCGGCCGCCAUCCAGUGUAUGGGGCUCGGGCAAAAUCAGCAGCUCCGGAACAGCAACAAAAACCUCUCCCACCACUGCCGGUGCGUUCGGAGCUCCGACUCCGGUUCCGNCUGGUGAGUGCAGUAGGUCUUGCACCCUGUCCUUGCAUGGAUUAGACAUUGGACAGACCUCCAACAGCAGUCUCGGCCGUGCGAAGCUCCAACAGGGUGAUAUGGGUGGGUUGAUGCCGACACGCCAGGCACAGUACGAGCAACGGCGUAGCGCGUCCAAACGUGCUCGCAGUCCUAGUCUCACGAACUUCUUCGCGAUGGGCCUACUCUGCUCACAGGACAAGGUCUCUCGAUUUGUCGAGUUCUUCCAGAACGUGUUCGGAGAAGUCGAUAUCGCCGUUGAUGAGGCCGAGAGCGUCGUGAAGUGUUGGUGGGGGCGUAGUGAUCGCGCCGCCAGCAGAACAGUGGAUUACCUGGAGCAUGGCAUCCGAGUCUGCCGGGAAGGGCCGUGGCAGGUGAGGAUUCCCACGCGCCCCGCAGAGAGCGGGACGUCGCGCCUGGUGCUCUCGGCCGGUGUGCCGUAUCCAUCGGACAAGCGGCUGGGUGCGCUAUCUGCCGUCUACGGCAUCGUGGCUGCUAGCGUCAAGGCGAAUUGCUUGAAGGCCCAGCCGUCGUCGCCGCCGUCAUCAGGCGAUGGUGCCGAUGUCGGCCUCAGCGGGGCGCGGCACCGACAUGACGGCCUCCCUCAAAGCUUUGCUCCUCCUAGCGUGGAGGCGGCCGGUGACAGCGUUAAGGUUGCGCAGCUGUGGGGGCUCCACGACAGUGUCCAGGCCGCCCUGGAUCGCCUGGUUGUCGGGCCAGACAACAAUGCAGACCACGAACAGAUAUCUCUGCGGCUCGGACAACGUAACCUGAAACAGCUCGCGAGCACCGGAUGGAUCCGCACGGUAAAAAGGCGAGGGGCAAAGGUGGAGCUAUACCAGCAGAGCGGAAUCAUCCGUGUUACGCGCCUGUGCGUCAUCGCCGCCUCUCUAGCUCAAGCGCUCCCGCGAUCCGUCCAGCUGGUGGACAUGAUCGACGCGGCUGUCAUGCGGAACGUGGCAGCGCCUGCCAACCUUGAAGUUUUCGCUCGAGCGGGAGGAAGUGUCGCUGGAGAUAUCGAGGUCAUUCCCGUGCGGGAAUCGUGGCGCGUGCUAGUGGUAGCGCCCGGCGAAGAGGCGGCCGAGGGCACGGUGGACAGGGUGCAUUUGCAAGACCAUCAGUCAAGCGGCGCGGCGGUGGGCUGCGAGUCACGUCAGCAUGCCCCUUAAUCCGCAGAUGUACAUGAAGCAGCUACACAAGGGUCGCUGGCAACGUGGAGUUGAGAAGGACUCCAAGCCACCGAUCAUUGCCGAUCUGUCGCGGGUAGUCUCGAAGCAUGGCGUUGAUCUGUGGCUCGACGCCUUCUGCCUGAGGGGGCACGUCGGGGACAUGACCGUCAAGAAGGCUGUCGAGGCAGU